AUGAAGGAGAUGGAGCAGCUGCAGCUUCAGGCCGCGGCUCAGAGGGACGAGCUCCAGGCGCAGAUCGAGAAAACCCGAGAUGACGAGUCCUUCCUCCGCGAUCACCUCUCCAUCUCUGUCAAGGAAAACCGUCGCCUUGAAACUGAGUUGUUGGACACCACUGAAAAACUCGUAGCUGCUGAAAACCAAAUCGCAAAUCUACAAACAAACAUAGAAAACAUCAUGAAGGAGAAGUUCGGAGACCUGGAUCCCGGCAGUGCAGAGUUCUUUCUGCAGGAGGAACGAAUUAAACAACUUCACCUCAGCUACGAAGUCCAGUGCAGGGAGCUGCAGGACCGCAUAGAUGAGCUGCAGUCCGAGUUGAACGACUUCCACUGCAUCAGCAGAGAUCAUCAGCUCAACUCCAAAACUCUGAACGAGGAGCUGGAGAGCAAGAGCCCCGGCAACGAGUCCGACCCUGGGCUGGGCUCAGAGGAGGUGCAGCCCUUCAGUCUGAGCCUCGAGGCAGAGAUGAUGCUGGAACAGCUCAAAGACCGACACCUGCAGGAGAUGGAUGAGCUCCGGAAGCAAAUGGAACACAAGAUCAGUGAAUUUGAGGAGAUUGUUGAGAAGCAGCGGGCUUCUCAGGAGGAGCGGCGCGUGUCAAUACACCAACAACACAAGGACGAACGUGACGCUUUGAGAGACGAGAUUUCCAGAGUCCAAUCCCGGGCAGAGGAGCUUCAAACGCGGCUCGACCAAGUUCUGACGGACCCACCAAACCUCAAACCAGACAUGGACAAUGAACUACAGACCUUUCAGGAAGAGGAAAUACAAACGCUAAGACAGCAGUUACUAGAAUCUCAUAUUAAGAAUGCUGAUUUGGACGAACAGCUUAAAAAUCUAGAAGAGCAACUAAAAGAGAUGCUUAAGCUAGUCAAAGAGCAUGAGGACAAAGAGGCGGAGAUGAAGGCGCAAUUUGAGCUGGAGAAAGAACAGAUUCAGCAGAAAUGCGAGGACGGUCUGUUGGAGAGACUUCAUCAACAGACGAUGGAGUUCGAGCUGAGAGAGAGGAAGCUAAAGGGCGAGUGCGACAUGGAGAAGGCACAACUGGAGGAGGACUUCGAAGGCAUGGUGCAGGAGCGGGUGAGAGAGGAGCUGGAGAAGAUGGCCGCCGACAGAGACGAGGAGGACAAGAGGUUUGAGCAACUGAUGAGGGAAGAACGGGACAAAAUUCAUCAGCAACAUCAGGAGACUGUGAAGGAGCUGAUGCAGAGGCACCAGAAGGAGAGAGAGGAGCUCCAUGGCACUUUGGACAAACUGAAGGAGGACAUUGCAUCUGAAAGGAGACAAAUCGCCUCUGGCUUCGGCCUUAGACUGAAACAGCUGGAGGAGCGGUUUGAAAUGGACCAAGAACAAGUGGCCGAGAGAUUUCAAGCAGACAUCUUAAAACUGGAGCAGAACUAUCAGAACGAGCUGAAGGCAACGUACAAAAACCAUGAGGCGGAAAGGCAUCAAUGGGAAGAAGAAACAUCAGCCAUUUUGGGAAGGGAACGCAGCAAGAUGACGGAGGAAUGGACCAAGGAAAUGGACGUUAUGGUUUCAAAAAACAACCGAUUGCAAAGUGAACUGGAUGAGAUUGUUCGCUGUAAUGAAUUGGAAGAAACAGACUUACGCAAACAGAUUGCUGAGCUGCAGGAAGGUCUAGAGAUGAGGGAGAAGUUUCUGUCUGACGUUCAAAAACAAGCCAUGGAAAGUGAGGAAAUGCUCAAGGAAACUGUUCAAAUUUUACAAGACGAAAGAAAUGAACUCAUGAAAAGUCAGUUCGAGAUCGAGGCGAAAUACAAGGAAGUUGUUGGCAUUUCAGAACAGCAAAUCGCAGAAAGAAUAGAGCUGUUGACAGAAAGGGACGAUUCGAAAGUAAAAAUUGAGGAGUUGGAACGAUCUAUGGCAAAGAUUCAAGCUUUGGAAGACAAUUACAGCCUCAAAGUCAAACUGUUGUUGUUCACGGAGCACAUAAAGGAACUGGAGAGGAAGGCCUUCCAAAUGGCUGACCUGCAGAUCCGCUACGAGGACUGCGCCUGCGAGAACUCCAAACUCAAAGAGCAGAACGCCGAGCUGGAGAAGCGAGUGUGGAGUCUGGAAAGCAGCCUAAACAUCCACGGUUCUCCAGUUACAUUGGCGGACGACAUUCACCGUAUGAGAAGGGAGAACGGGAGGUUGUCUGAGCUUUUGGUAGAGUUGGAAACUCCGCCCGGAAAUCUACUGAUGAAGCGAAAGAAAAGCAGAGAAUCAACACAACCCAUUCAAAGCGGUUUGCACCAACUGCGUGAGGAUUUGGAGGACCGCUGCUGUGAUUUCAAACUGGAAAAUGCCAAAUUACAGAGAGCCAUGACCGACCUUCAAGACCAGUCCCACCUCCUCACCAAGACCAGCACAGUCCAUAGGUCUGAAGCGUAUCGUCUCUCUGAAGAAAAUCUCCAUCUCAAUAAGAAAAUCAACGCUUUGAAAGAAGAUGAUUUGAAGGAUUUGAUGAAAACAUUGGCCACACUCAAAGAGGAGAAGGACGCAUCUGAGAGGGCUGCAGACGACUAUAAGAAACAGAUUUCAGAGCUUCAGUCCCAAAGCGUGCUCCUCGGAAACCGAAACGGGAUCCUAUGUGAGAAAAACUCGCAGCACCUGUGUGAUGUGGAGGCGCUCAAACAGCAGGUGGCAGCACUGGCAGAAACCAAGGACCAAACCAAGUCGGAGGACAAAACGCAGUUGUCGGCGUGUGUCUCUGCACUGGAGGCGGAGAUGACCAAAGCUGCAAAUGAGACGGCCUCGCUCAAACUUCGAAACUCACUGCUGUCUCAGGAAGUGGGAAAACUCAGGGAGAAGUUGAAGUCUUUGGAGUCGAUGGAAAAUCAGAUGCAAACUCUGUCUGAAGAGAAAAAUAAUUUGGUGAAAGAGUCUCAGGCCCUGUGCAGCCAGAUCUCCAAAGCUCAAGAAAAGGCCAAAGCGUCAGAGGAAGCCCUUCAGGCUGUCACUCUACAGAACAGCCGAUUAAAAGCCGACGUCAGAGUUUUACAGCAGCAGAAAGAUACUCUCCAACAUGAAGUGGCUCUUUUACACAAGAAACUACAAAACACCACUGAAAAGAACCACGUCCUGGAGCGGGCGCUGCACUCCACUGGUCUGCAGAGCCACAGUAAGAAGCUGCUGCGAGAGGAGCUGUCGCGGCUCAUGGAGCAGGAGCAGAAGUUACUGAAGCAGGAGAACGACAAGCUCCAGACGGAGGUUCUCAACGCCAAAGCAGAGCUGCGACAGGCCCGAGACAAGUUUCGUCAGAUGGAUUCCACUAUUGUGUCUCUGAAGCAGCACAAACAGAACCAGUCGGCCAUGUUGCUGACGCUGGAGCAGGAAAACCUGACUCUGAAAGAAGAGCUGGAGGCACAGAAGGAGAAAAACAAGGGCAGAGAAGCUGGAGCCGCCGGUCCAGACACGGAGAGCAUUCUUCAAGAGAACGAAGCUUUGAAAAGUCAAAUGUCAAGGCUUUCCACACAGCUCAUUGAGACGUUCCAGGCUCAGCUCGUGGGUCUUCUGCCGCCGUCUCCUCACAGGACGCCACGAGGACAGCAGCUCAGAGAAAGAGAGGAGGCUGAGAACGCACAGGAUGAUCGCGAGCGUAAGAUGAGGGGGAUGGAGGAACGCAUGCGAGAAAUCGAGGCUUCUCUUCACAACGUCAAGCUUCUGCUGAGGGAGAAGGUGGUGCAGCUCAAAGACCAGCUUCAUAAAAACGGGAAAGCCGACGUCCUGAUUAAAGACUUAUACUCUGAGAACGGCGAGCUCCUGAAGGCCCUGGAGGUGACGGAGCAGAGACACAAGAUCGCAGAGAAGAAGAACUAUCUCCUGGAGGAAAAAAUCUCCAGUUUGACUAAAAUCAUGCGAGAUUUAAGCCCGUCCACUCUGCCCACCCUGCAGUACCACUUCACCUGCUCCUAA